CGUUACAAGUUUCUGAAGUGGGGACGCCGUUGGUGGUGCUAUUGUUGUUGCGCGACGUCCACCGAGGAAUUCCACAGAGUGGGGACCAUAGGGUGUUGCUAUUUUUUACCUUUUAGUUUAGUUAGUCUGUCUAUUGAAACUCUUCAAACAUGUUGGUUAUGCAAUUUUGUGUUACGGUUCUGUGAUCAGUGCCGACGGAAUACCGGAGUGCUUUUCUUUGUGUUACUACUGCAAUGGUUACAAGGAUGUUUCUUUAAAGUGGUUUCCUACAUGGUUGUGUUCAAAAUUAAGAAGAAUAUGUGCAAUGUGCAUUACUCAAAAGGUAGCUGUGAUAUUUCCCUAUAAAAUCAUUUUAGUAGCCUUUAGACUGGGUGGUUUUUGGUAUCCUACUUAAAAUAAGAGAUAACCUACAGUUCAUUUAGUCAUGUAAACAGUGUCCAUGUCGCUAAGGAGACUCAUCAACAGGGUGACGCGGUGGCAACACUAACGACGGCGACCUCAUCAGUUAGACGACCACCUUCGGUGGCGGCGUCUACGUCAUUUGUGACACCCUCACCAUCCUCGGCUGAGGAGGCAGUAUGACGACCACGGCGUGGCAACACUGUCAACCCGGCCGGCUGCUAUUGCACGCCGUCAUCUUUCUUGCCUUCACUUGUCAUUGGUUUGCAUUGGCAACGAUGCCGGGUGCCAGCAAUGCCAAGUUUUAUACGAUUUAUUGGAAUUCGUCGAACCCCAUUUUUCGCAUCGACAAUACCGACAAUAUCAUCGAUGUUAAUAGAAAUAACGUUAAAUUUGAAUAUGAUCAGGUCGACCUGAUCUGUCCCGUAUAUUCGCCUGGUACGCGGGACGAAGAAAUAGAAAAAUAUAUAAUAUACAACGUUUCGAAAGACGAAUACGAGACGUGUAGGAUAACAAAUCCCAACCCUAGGAUAAUAGCGGUUUGUGAUAAACCAUACAAACUAAUGUACUUUACGAUAACGUUUCGACCGUUCACGCCACAACCUGGAGGACUCGAAUUCUUACCAGGUCACGAUUACUACUUCAUCUCAACCUCUACAAGCGACGACCCUCAUAGGAGGAUAGGUGGUCGAUGUACAACUCACAACAUGAAGAUCGUGUUCAAAGUCUGGGGCCCACCUCCCACUCCCGCUACGGUACCGCCGCCGCCAGUGACGGCAAAGCCGUCGUGGUGGUCGGUACCGUCGCCUCGAACCACGACGUCCUCUACAACUUGGACGACUUCUACUACGGCGCCGUCAUCCACCACCACCAAGAAGUCCAAGGCUUACAACAAGCAUCCCAACGAGGUAGUGAAAAGUGAAGAAUUGACACUCGGAGGCGGCGCUCCGACCGCCGCCAAAUUAAUAGUGCUCGCGUGUUUGGCAGCGUUAGCGCUACGAUGAAAUUUUUGACCGCCCCCCGUACUAAGGACUCGGAAACCAUAUCUGAGUGUACCCCUUAUAACAAAUUGUUUGUCAACCCUUCCUCCCGUAUGUAUAUGAAACGUCAGAAUGACCCGCGUAUGUUGGACAUGGGGUACUAUUUCUGAGUAUACUAUUUAUCAGACUUGAUGUGUUCUUAUUCCCAACCGUGGCUUUGUACGGUUAUGACUGUCUUGAUAUGACCUAAAUUUAUCCUAAUUUAUAUAGAAACAAAUUUUUGAGAUCCGUUGAUAGUCUGGGUACUUAUUGCAGCUCUAAAGAAUUGAUUUCUAAGCAAAAUCGAAAUAUUUAAUAAAUGUAAAUACUCUUGGUAGGCCUAAGAAUGAUCGAAAUUCGUUUGUACCUUUUAAUUAUAAUCUAAAACAUUUAUUUUUUGAAUUCAGUAACAUAACAUCACAAAAAUAGCAUUAAACAACAAUGUUGACAAUAAAAAGCAUGAUUUGAAGGAGUAUACGAAUACAAAAAGGUUUAAUAAAUUCAUAUAAAAUUGGAAAUGAUAAUAUUAUUUACUUUAUUUCCAUUUUCUUUUAUUGAGUUAUUGUUUUGUGUUCUCUGAUUUCUUUUGAGAGACUUUGCCAAGUUCUGGUGAUAAAUCACAGUCGUUAUCAAUAAUGAUGUAAAGCAGCGUAUUUAUUUUGCGAGACUGCCGCGUGCUUCAUGGCUCGCGAGGCAAGCUUUGCAUUUGCCUCGCGCGGCGCACCCUCAAUGAUUUUAUUUUGUGCCGCGCACAGCACUUCGAGCCAUCUCGUACAACCGUAUAAGUAGCGCCGUAGUUAAUUUAGUUAAUCAUAGAUGUAUCACGUGAUGCUGUUGCUUUUAUUCUAAUUAACGAACUUUUAUAAAACAAAAACGUAAGAAUAGCAACUCUUUACUUUCACAAAGUUUAAUUAAUUUACGACAAUUUUCAUUAUCCAUGAUCAUUUAUGGUGAAUGCUGGUUGACAGAUUCGACACUAUUCAACUGACUAACAUAUUACAGGAAUACCAGAUAGUAAACACCUUUGUCUAUCUCUGGUCUAGUAUAACUAACGAUGGUAACUGUGAAGCAGAAGUUCGGAUUGGUAUGGCAAAAAAUGCGAUGAGUCGCCUAACUAAAGUUUGAAAAGACAUAUCUAUCUCUCAAGAUGAGACUGGUGAAUGCCCUUGUAUUCUCAAUAUUUCUAUACGGAGCAGAGACUUGGACUCUGAUUUUUGGAGGCCAAAAAAUUGAUGCCUUUGUGACGUGGUGCUGGAGAAGAAUACUGCGCAUACCUUGGACAGCUCAUAGGAUAAACGUUUCCAUUCUAAACCAACUCAAGAUUAAAAAAGGCUGUCCACAAUAUGUCUGCAACGAAUACUGCAAUUCUUUGGUCACGUGGUUCGCAGAGGUGACGACAGUUUGGAGAGAUUAAUUGUUUCUGGAAACGUUCCGGGGAGAAGAUCAAGAGGACGAUCACCAACUAGAUGGUCCGACCAAAUAAAGAAUUCAGCUGGAAGCUCAUUCUACGAAGCUCUUAGAGCAGCUGAAGGUAGAGACCAAUGGAGAAACAUUGUUAGGAAUAUUGAAAGAAAUCACGAUCCUCAGUAAUGGGGAAACGUCAAGAGAGAGAUGAUCAUUUAAAGAAAUAUGCACUCACUGUAUUUAAUCUUCUAGUCGACAGUGAACCAAACUUGUCCAGAAUCAUUCACACUUCGCGCGGCAGUAAUAACAACAAGAAACAUCCUUUGCCGCGGUUCAAAAGACCGACAAAAUUUGACUCGUCUAUUAUAGACUAUUUAGAAUCAAGAACAUCGUUCGACUGCGGCAGUAUUCGCUUUGCAUCCCAUAACAGAAUAGCAACGACAACGAACAUGCCGCGCGCGGCUGCCUCGCGAAAUGGAUACACCGCUUAAGAAUUUACUGUAUUUGUGGAAGAUGACGUUUAUAAAAGUUAAUAAUUUGACUUCUUUAAAAAAAUAUAAAACAAUGAACAAGAUUUAGAAAUUCAUUUUUCAAAGUUUCAAAAGAAAAUAUUGUACACAAAAGAAAAUAAUUCAAAUUUUGAAUGUAAGAGAAAUAAAAACAGACUUACUUAGAAUCAAUUUAAUAUAACCUAGGACGAACGGUUUCGCAUAUCUACUACAAUUUGCUGUGCAUCUUUCGACCUAAGGCAAUGCAAUUAAAAUUGCCGAUAUGAGGACUGUUUUUAUAUUGCAGUGGAAAUAUACACAAAACUCCAUUAUGGUUUGACAGGUGUUAUGAAAGAAAAAAAUAUACUAUUGGUGUAGUUGUUUGUCGAAAAGAUCUUGUUUUGAUGUUGUAUUAUUCAAAGUUAUUUUGUUUAUUGUAGAGAUAUAUUUUAAAAUAUGUGUUAUUUAUUUAAAUUGUUGAAAUUAUUGAAAAAUGGAGACAGCCCUGUAAUGAGGCAAUAUAAAUAAGUAAUUUCUGUACCGGAUGUGCAAUUUAUCCUAGGUGGAUGUUAUGUUGAAAAAAAAAACAAAACAUAAACUAGGAGCUCUAGUCCUGUCCCCAGGGGAUAUAACGGCCUCCUUUAUUCAGAUGGACUUACCUAAGUUUUUUUAUGUAUUUUGACCCGUAGAACACGAAUUUAUUGGGUAACAGUUGGUCCGGAUGCCGAUAAGAUUGUUAUAAACAGAGAACUUGAGGAAUUACAUAACAGCGAUUUUUCGCAAGACAAAACAUUUUUUUUUUUUGUAUUUUUUGGCUGAUUCUAAGCAAAAAAUCUUCUUACAAGUUUUUUCGUAGGAUGCACAGUUUUCGAGAUAAACGCGGUUGAACUUUCAAAAUAUCGAAAAAUUGCAAUUUUUGAACUUGAAUAACUUUUGAUUAAAAAAUAAAAUAGCAAUUCUGCUUACCGCGUUUGAAAGUUUAAGUCAAAUUCUAUCGGUUUUGAUUAUUUGCAUUGCUAAAAAUUAGUUUUUUAUUGUUAAACAAAGCUAUAAACACAUAGUGUUUGAGUGAUGUUUUCAAUGCAUUUCUCAUUUAAAAUCGAACGAGUCGAACAAACAGCCAAUUUCUACGUAGCAUGCCUUAAAACGCAUGCAUUGGGUACGGGAAAGACUAUUUGUUUAUAGCUUUGUUUGACAAUAAAAAAAUUAAUUUUUAGCAGUGCAAUCAAAACCGGUAUAAUUUGACUUGCACUUUCAAAAAUGCGGUAAGCAGAAUUGCUAUUUUAUUUUUUAAUAAAAAGUUAUUCGGGUUCAAAAUAUGCAAUUUUUCGAUUUUUUGAAAGUUCAACCGCUUUUAUCUCGAAAACUGUCCAACCUACGAAAAAACUUGUAAGAACGUUUUUUGCUUAGAAUGACCCAAAAAACACAAAAAAAAUGUUUUGUUUUGCGAAAAAUCGCUGUUAUGUAAUUCCUCAAGUUAUUUGUUUAUAACAAUCUUAUCGACAUCCAGAACUGUUACCCAAAAAAUUCGUGUUCUACGGGUCAAAAUACAUAAAAAAAACUUGGGUAAGUCCAUCUGAAUAAAGGAGGCCAUUGUACCCCCCUGGCGACAGGACUACUCCGAUUUUCAGGUUUUUUUACCAGAUUGUAGAUUAUGAAAUCAAAUGACAGGAUUAACAUGACAAAUGUCAGAUUAUGACAAAACAGAAAAAAACAUACAAAUUGUCUUGUACACAACAAGAUAAUACACACAUUUAAGGUUAUAGUUUCUGUACUACAUUGCAGAUUUGUAGGGAAGAAGAGGCUUUAACUAAGAUAAAUGGACCGUUUUUUGUCCAGAUGAAAAGUUUUGAGAGGCCACAUCUUAAAUAAAUAACACAUUUUAAAAUAUAUCUCUGCAAUAUUUGAAUAACACAACACCACAAACAAACAUCUUUUCGACAAGCAGCUACAUCAAUAGUAUACUUUUCUUUCUUUGACUGGUCCACCUAUUCUCCUCAAGAAAACAACUACAUUUGCCUAUUUUUUGAAGAUUUUGAAAUUACUUUUUUCUUGUCGUUGCCAUUUAUUAUCCGAAGUGUCAAAUAAAAAAGACAACUUCAUUGUAAAAGAAAAAGAGUACGAAAGUAAAAUUAAAAUCUGUAAAAUAACUUAAACGUUUAUGACGAAUAGUCUUUUUACGAAAAUAUAAAUCUUAAAUUAGUUUAAGAAAGAAAUUUUGUAUAAACAAUAUAUAGUUACAAUGAUAAUAAGAUCGUUUAAAUAUAAACCAGUUCUUUGGAUAGCUGUGAUACGUCCGAGAUGCCUUAGGCAAAACCCUGUAUAUAUAUUUGGUAACUAAUUAUUUAUAAGAUAAAUUAUUUUUAGUCAUUGGAAUUUUACAUUUCCAAAAUGUACUUUUACUAUUUUACAACGUAUUUUUAUUUCCUGCCUAAAGUUUGUCAGGGUUGUUGUCAAUCUACGAAAAAUAUUUAUUACGACUGGUCUAGUAAACGAAUUUUUAAACUUAAUUUAUCGGAAAACGUAAACUCGGUCCUGUUGAAAGCCGGCCCUGAAAUUAAAGCUGGGUAUAGUUGCUAUCAAGAUAUUUCAGUAAACCUUAAUCUUAAGCUUAAUACAAAGUCAUUUGUAUUUGAAUGAUGGGGUUAAGUUUCCGGUACAGGUAGAAAGUAAUAAAAUGUUAAUCUAUUGUACUUUGAAUUAUUAUACCUGCUAUUCAGUGUGUUUACCUCUUGAAACUUAACGAUACUACUCAAAUACAAAUGGCUUUGGAAUAUGAUUAAGAUACGGUUUUCUCAAAUAUUUUGUUGGCAAGUAUACAUUAUGGUUCCAGUUUCUUAUUAAGUCACAAGCAUUCAAGUGAAGUCUGCAUAAAUCCGGCCAGAUAGACCAAAUGAAGCUGCGUUCAAAAUAAAUUCAGCAAAAGCAUUGAAAUUAACUUGUUAAAUUCAAUUUCAAGCUUGAAGAUCACUGACAAAAACUCUGGUUCGGUUCUCCGUCCAUUACUAUUUGUUUGUUAAUAGUCACUAUUUUUGUUGAAUGUUUUUCAACUAUCACUUCUAUAUAUAGAAGCACUUAUAGAAGUAAUUAAAAAAAUGUCACUUCAUUUCAUUCAAUAUCAACAAUAUCUAAAGGCCAACUUACACGGUUCAACCAAAUUGAAUCACUUUGGUUGAAUGGAGCAGAAAUGAAAGCAAUGCUAUUUACACGGUAUCUGGAAAGUGAAAUAUUCAACGCAUAUUAUUCAAAAGAUGUCGAAUGAAGUCAUGAGUUUAGGAGUUGCAUUAAAGAAUUAUCGAAAAAGAAGCUAAGGAAAUGUCAUCGUUGGUGGGUGCGAUCAUGAGUACUAAGAAGACAAGCCUAGGAGCCACUUUUGGUUGAUCGUUGUAUCUUUAUUAACUCGAAAGUAUAACGAGUACGCAUACUUGUAAUUUUCAAUUUUAUGUCUUCGUCGGUUAUACCAUUCAAAUAUUUAAUUAGCGAUUUAAUAGCAUUUCCAUGACAAUCUCGGUUUUUUUAACCCCUUGUUUUAUAAUUCUAUAGAUACGAAUACUUUUUCAAUUGUUCCCAAACAGAGAAGUAUGCUCGUCCUUCCAUAAUAUAAUACGCUGUAAAGUGAAUCUUUCAAUUCUGGUGUUUACACAUUCAUUUCUCGUUCAACGCGUAGCAGAUUGAACGCUAAAAGUGAAAAUACUCAGCAUGUUCAACUCUUUCAAUGCCAUUGAACGACAACAUUCAAUGACAUGGAAUGAUUCACUUUUAUGUUUACAUUGAUCAAUUUGGUUGCUUCAUCCAAAUUUAAUGUCAAAAGUGAACCGUGUAAUUUCGCCUUAAGUAUGUAAGUGCUGGCAAAAGUAAUACUGCAAUUUGCGAGAUCUACCUUGUCCCCUGUCGUACUACCUUAAGGGGUUACAUAAGUCUUGCGGGUAAAAAAAGUGACUUUUUAAAAAAAUAUAUCUCGAAAACUAAAAAUUAUUUUUAUUUAUAAUUGGAACAUGUAAAAGUAUAGUACUUACAAGGAACUUAUAAGGAACUCUCAAAAAGUUUUCAGCCAAAAAUAUUCAUUUUUAUAGAGUUGACUGCAAUUUUUCGACAACAGCCCUUUUUGCGGUGGGCAGCAUAACUAAGUCCAGUCUCAUCUGAAAUCAAAAAGUUUCUUGUAGUUUAUACGUCUGGCUAGUGAAUGGACGAAGGAAUUUAAAAAAAAUUAAAUUUGAAGAUUUUACAUAAGUUUAAACCCAUUUUCGACCACAAUUUUUCUCAUUUUUUCAAAAAUUACCAUUUUUAAAGUAGUUUUUUUUUUUAUAAAAUUCACCUAACAAAACUUCACCUAAUAAAAAUUCCUUCGGUCAUUCACUAGCCAGAGGUAUAAACUACAAGAAACUUUUUGAUUUUUUGAUUUCAGAUGAGACUGGACUUAGUUAUGCUGCCUACCGCAAAAAAAGGGCUGUUGUCGAAAAAUUGCAGUCAACUCUACAAAAAUAAAUAUUUUAGGCUGAAAAUUUUUUUUAGAAUACCUUAAGUACUAUGCUUUUACAUGUUCCAAUUAUAAAGAAAAAUAAUUUUUAGUUUUCGAGAUAUAAUUUUUUUAAAAAGUCACUUUUUUUACCCGCAAGACCUAUGUAACCCCUAACAUAUUCUCUUUGAUUACAGUAGUUCGUAUAAUGUUAUUCCUUUCGGGAAAGUACAGACUGUAUUUGGUCCUUCUGAGCCUGCCAUUAAAAGUUUGCUAUAAUCAGAUAGGCUAAAACUCGAUGCUUGUAAAUUGGACUGAAUUCAUUAAUAUGCGGUUUGGGCACUACAUUUUCCUAUCUACAGAGAAUGAAAAAUAUGUGAGACAAAGUUUACGUUUACCAUAAUUUAUGCAGGGUGCAACAAAAAGGCAUUUCAUAAAUUAAAUUGCAUAUUUUGGGACCAAAAAUAGUUCGAUUGAAGCUAACUCACCUUCGUACAAAUGUGCACAGAAAAACAGUUACAGCCCUUUGAAGUUACAAAAGGCAAAUCUAUUUUUUCCAAUAUAUCGAAAACUAUUAAAGAUUUUUGUUGAAAAUGGAUUUCUUAUGGUAGGAACAUCUUAAAAAAAAUAAAAGUGAAAUUUGUACAUCCCACAAAAAUUUUAUGGGGGUUUUUUCCCUUAAACCCCCCCCCCCCCCCCCCAAAUAUUUGUGUACAUUCUAAUUAAAUUGUGGUACCAUUAGUUAAACACAGUGUUUUUAAAACUUUUUGCCUCUUAGUACUUUUUCGAUAAGAAAGUUUUUAAGAUUAUAGAGACAUGGUAGUAAUAAUAUUAUGAAAAUAAUAUUCUAUAAUCUUACUUUACCAUUUAAAAAUAUGUGUUGAACUUUAGAACUGUUAAAAAUAUCUCGAUAAAAACUGGCUUAUCGAAAAUGUACUAUAAGAGGCAAAAACGUUUUAAAAACAUUGUGUUUAACUAAUCAAUACAUUUUUGACAAAGUAACGUAAGUGACAUUUUUGAAAAUUAUGUUUUUCCAACUAACGCUAUUGUUGAUUAGAAGGUUACUGCCAAAGUGUAGUAAGCCUAUACAUAUUAUGUUUAAAGUAAUUCUAGGCUUACUACACUUUGGCAGUACCUUCUAAACAAUAAUAGCGUUAGUUUAAUGGAAAAAUAUGAUUUUCGCCAAAAAUGUCACUUACGUUACUUUGCCAAAAAUGUAUCGUGUACCACAAUAAUAAUUUAAUUGCAACAUACACAAAUAUUUGGAGGGGUUUAAGGGACAAAACCCCAAUAAAAAUUUUAUGGGGUGCACAACUUUCACUGUUAGUUUUUUAUGAUGGAUGCCCUUGCCAUAAGAAUGUCACAUGUCUAUUUUCAAUAAAAAAUCUCGAAUAGUUUUCGAUAUAUUGGAGAAAAUCGAUUUUCAUUUUCUAACUUCAAAGGGGAAUAGUGCACAUUUGUACUAAGGUAAGUUAGGUUGAAUCGAACUAUUUUUGGUCCCUGAACAUGUGAUUUAAUUUAUGACCUGCCUUUUUGUUACACCAUGUAUAUUUAAUUUGUAUAUAGCGUAACUAUUAUUUUUAUAUCAAUAAUUUUCGUGUCUAGUAGUUGUGUAUUCGUGCAACGAUUUUAUUUAUUAUAAUCUAAAAUAUUUAUGUGACCAUUUUACAAAAAAGUGUGAUAUUCGAUACAACCCUGUAGACGUAAUGUUAUUAUUUAGCUUUUCCAAUAACCAUAUUGUUACACAAUAGUCUUAUUUCAAAUAUACACAGCGUAUAAGAAA